AUGCAGCCCAACGUCGCCGCCGCCGUGGACGAGGCCGCCUCGACUUCAUCAGCUGGCUCCGAUUCCACCCCGACACAGCCCGAGCAGCCGCCCACGCGCGCGGCCGCCCUCCUCUCGGCUUUCACCGCCUUCCGCACCGAGCUCGACACGCACCACGCCCAGCGCGAGCGCAUCGUCAAGCUCUCGCGCGACGUGACGGCCCUCAGCAAGCAGCUCAUCUUUGUCCUGCACCGCGUUGGCGCCGCCGCACCGGGCGACGCGAGGGACCGCGUCGUGCGCGAGGCCGAGGCAAAGAUGGAGGGGCUCAGGGCGCUCUUUGCGAGGUUGCAGGGCGAGGUGAGCGGGGCUGACUUUUGGAGGUACGAGCGCAGCGUCAGCCCGGGCAUUCAGGAAUACCUCGAGGGCCUCACCUUCUACUACUACCUCGAGCACCACACCCUCCCGACCCUCGAGCAGGCGCAAGCCUCGCUCUUCCCUCCCGCUCCUGCACCUGCCGCCGCCGCCGCCGACGCACCCUCCCCCUCCGCCGCCGAGCCGUCCGCCCCACCACCCGAACCCGCACCGGCACCCGCACCCGCACCCGCUCCAGAGCCCUACUUCCACGUCACGGUCGACGACUACCUCGGCGGGGUCGCCGACCUCACGGGCGAGCUCAUGCGCCUCGCCAUCGCGAGCGUCGGCAAGAACUUGACCGAGUCGCUCGUCGUCCCGGGCCAGGGCCAGAGCGAGGGCAAGGAGGGCGGCAAGGGGUUCGCCGACAUUGAGCACAUCGGGAGGCUCGUGAGGGAGAUCCAGGCUGAGAUGACCCCUCUCGCCGCCUAUGCGCGCUGGCUCCCCAAGAAGCUCGCCGUCCUCGACCAGUCGCUCGCAAAGAUCGAGAACGCGUCGUACAACCUCCGGAUCCGUGGCGCCGAGUACCGCGACUCGCCGGCCAUGCUGCAGGCGCUCGCGAGGCGCGAGGCGGACUCGGGCGGUGCCGGUGGUGGAGCGGGUGCGGGUGCGGGGCAGGGGAGGGAGGAGGUGGUUGGGGCGUGA